AUGGCCGCCGAACCCGUCGUCAACGGCGAGAAGGUCCACUCGCAGUUCUUCCACCACCUGACCUCCUACCCCCUCGUCUCUGAUACUAUCAACCUCUUCAAGACCAACCCAUACGGCGCCAAGUCGCUGGACCUGGCCGACCAAGGCUUCUCCCAGUUCGCCAAGCCCGUACUGCCCUACCUCUCCAAACCAUACAGCAUCAUCGAGCCCUAUCUCGUCCGUGCCGACUCUCUGGGCGACCAGGGUCUCACCCGCAUCGACUCGCGCUUCCCCAUCAUCCGCGAAGACACCCAGAAGAUCCGCGGCGCCGUCUACAACCACGCUACAUACCCCAUCCGCGUUGCGGAUGAUGUCAAGCAGCACGUCUUCGACAUCUACGGCACCGAGUACAAGAAGUGCGGUGGCGAUGGCUAUGUCGCCUCAGGCAAGGCUGUGAUCACUUCCAGCCUGGUCCUGACCCAGGAGUCGCUGGCAUGGGUGAACACCUGGUUCCAGACGGCCAAGGAGGAGGUCAAGGAGGUGGUCAACGACAAGAAUAGCCACUGA